AUGACUUAUCAACAGUCCUCGACACCGUUUUCGCGGUUCGCCCUCGUCACACCACGACUCAUCAUCGUACCUACCCCAUUGGCUAUCUCAAUCCCAUCUUAUGUCACUCUUUUCGCGAACCUCCUCGCAGAUACGUCAUUCUGCGAGAUGGGCUUCGGCGACAAGUUUCCCGUAGUGAAGCGCACGCAAGAAGAAAUGCAUAAGUCGAUCGCUACACGAGACAUUGCGCAGUGUUGGGAGAAGAGGGGAUUGGGCACUUUCGCAGUUGGCUGGCGACCGAAAGAGUGGUCUGACCGUGCGAUGGGCCGGUCUUUGAAAGAUGCGAGCGAGAAAGUUCGGAUCAUCGAUGGAGAUGAGAUGGAUAACGUCUGCGAAACACUCGGCGCAAUCGAAUGGCUAGGCUAUACAGGCGUACGAGACGCAACGACAACUUCUCUUCCCCCACGCGACGAUUCGGACGAUCCGCUACCACCAUGGGAAGAGAUGGUCGAAAUGCUCUACGGUGUCGCGCCGGCGUAUUGGGGUCAGGGUGUAGCUCGCGAGGCUGCGGAAGCAGUCAUGCAGUGGGCCGCAGCGGAGAAGGGCGUGAGAAGGUUCAUCGCUGAGACGGAAAAGCUCAAUGCGAGAAGUGGAAGAGUGUUGGAGAAGAUGGGGUUUAGGAAGAGUGGUACGAAGUAUUGGAAGAAUGAAGAUGAGUUCGAGUGGGAGAUGGAUGCUACGAGCUUGAUGUAG